GCCAGCACUGACGCCACAGUCUAUGGGACCCUGCAGUGGAGGCGACGUCCUUUCCAGGCUGCAGCGUGCCAACUCCACGGACUCUGGCAAUGCCCUGCAGGGUGGUGAAACCAAGAAGAAGCCCGGCAAGGUCAACCCCCACGCGAUCACGAAGAAAGUGAACACGAAAAUCCAAACCCUAGCAGGCAAGCUUACCGAGGUUAUGAUCUGGGGAAGAAAAGUGGCUGCAGUGGAUGAAGCAGAUUUGCUACUUGACAGCAUGUGCGAAAAAACCAAGGAGGGUUACCAGGAACAGCUGCAGAAGCAGAGGGUGAAGUUCCUCGAGAUCAAGGGGGCCUUGGAAGGCUUGUACAGCCUCCACCAUGCUACCAAGGAUGUCGAUUUGCCAGAGACGGUGAAAGAUGAUAUUGAGCAGCGCCUUCAAGCUGCAGACAACGAAAUCACGAAUUUCACAG